ACUUAUAAAUUUUUAUGAUGCUGGAUAAAAAAAAAUAUAAUUUCAAAUAUUUAAAUUUUAUUAUUUAAUUAAAAUUGUACGCGAUGACGGUCAGGUGGAUGGGAGUGAUGCAAUUAGUUCUAGUAUCAUCAGUUUGUGCGAUAGAAGUACUGAGCACUGAAUCUAGUGAAGAAUAUCUGCGUAAAGCGAUGAGUGAACUUCAAGGAUUAAAAACACCGAUUGCUGGCUAUCAUAAUUUUAAUCCACAUUUUUUCGCGGGCAAAAGAUACUCGAGGACUAAUGCCAAUAUUUUGACAGUUCAUCAGGAUGAUUCCAGGCACAAUGGAUACCCUCCGAAAAAAAGUGAACAAAUUAUUGUUGAAGCUAAUCAAUAUUAUCCACAAAUGCCACGGCCAGUAGUAGUUCCAGAUCAGGCUAAAAUUCAAAAUCCACCUCUGGGUUUUACUAAAAGUGAAUUAGCGAUGAUGUAUAACCAGGCGUUGCAAUCAGGUAAUGCAAUAUCUUUACCUGGAUUAAAAAAUUCAUUAGAAUCUGGACAAAUACCUUCAGUUGUUGGUAAUUAUUUACAUCUUCCCAAUGCUGAUAAUCAGCAGCAAACAUUUGCGUACUAUUUUUAUCCAUUGAAAUCAUUCAUGGACAAUCUUCAAAAUAAUAAUGGAUAUAAAACGAUAAAUGACUUGACGCCAAUGCAGACGGGACAUCAAGAAUCCCAGAAACAGAUAAUAAUAAACCCGCUUUUUAUGGCAAUCAGCAGCUUUGUCGGCAUGGCAUUGGUAUUUAUGUUCGGUGUUAUCGUUCUGCCGCGGAUUUUAGGUGAAUUUAGAUCUCGGAUAGUGCAUGAUGAGCUUCUGAAUCUUACGACGACUGUCAACGAGGCGAUUGACAAGUUCAACUACACAACAACGAGGCCGAAGACACCAUUCAGUGAAGCUAUGGUGGGAAUUAAAACUAGACCGGUGCAACGCGUCAAGCGAAAAAAAAUUCAUCGCAAUAGGAAUGUAAAGACUGUAUAAAAAAAAUAUAUAUACGUACAUGUAUGUGUUACUUGCUUGAUGCAAGUUCCGUAUUUAUAAUACUUAAUAUUCAAAGUUAUAC